AUGAGCUAAUCCGGAUCAAGAAUUGAGGCUAGCUAUAAUGUUUAUCAAAAUCUAUAAAUUAUAAGUUAUUAUGCUGUAAAUGUUGCUAAGGUAUUUUAUACAAAUACUUUUGAUAGGUAGUUAACCGACUUAAACAAGAAGCAAUAUUUUAUUGA